AAAAAAAAAAAAAAAAAAAAAAGUAUUUAUUUUUCCAUUUUCCACAAUGAAUGAACAAAAUUUGAUGGGUUAUUUUAAGGACCCUCCUACAACGGGAUACGUUAGAAAUGCUCUGGAUGCGAUGCGUCACCGUGAUAAUAAGAUUCAGGAGAUUUUGGAGCAGAGGAAAUUGCCAGAAGAAGGAUGGGAUGAUGAUGUGAUUGAGUACAUUGUCCGGGAACUAUCGCAAAUGGAUACAAAUCGCUUUCCCUUUGGCUCGGGUGCUGGAGAGAGGGAGGGUAGGAUGUAUAGCAAUGUUGUGGCAAGGAGGCAUUUUGGGUUUGCACAUGGAAUAGGCCGUUCGGGGGAUUUGUCGGAGGCUCAACCAAAGGCAAUUGGAGCUACAAUUCUCAGUGAUAUUACUAAUAGAAUGCUUCGGGAUCUCGUCCGCCUGGCUGGUCUGCGAAAGGCUAAGAAGUGCAUGAUGGUACCCAUGGCUACGGGGAUGACCCUCAUGUUCACCAUGCUGCAUUUUCAGCGCACGCGGAAGCUUCCGGAGGACCCAAAGAUUGUCCUUUGGUCACGAAUUGAUCAGAAAUCUUGCUUCAAGAGCAUGACUUCUGGGGGAUUCCAUCCACUGAUUAUUGACACCAUUCGUCGGGGGGAUCUCCUUUGUACGGAUGUGGAGGCAUUCAGAAGGGAGAUUGAGUCAUUGGGGGCUAAUAAUAUUCUUUGUAUUAUGUCCACAACGAGUUGCUUUGCUCCCAGGGGAUGUGAUGACAUCAUAGCCCUGGCUAAGCUGGCACAGGAACACGGUAUUCCACAUCUUGUAAACAAUGCUUAUGGGCUGCAGAGUAGCCUGUGUACGCAUCAGAUUGAACAGGCUGUCCGGCUGGGUGGAAGGGUGGAUUACGUUGUGCAGAGCACAGAUAAGAAUCUCAUGGUUCCUGUUGGAGGUUCCAUUGUGGUGGCCUUUGAGGAGGGAAAAAUUGAAAAGUUGGCCAAAACUUAUCCCGGAAGAGCGUCCAUUUCCCAAACAAUCGAUGUCUUCAUAACUCUCCUAUCAAUGGGGCAACAGGGCUUCAUGAAACUGCUGCAGCAGCAAAAGGAAUGCUUUGCAAAGCUCGUGGAGAUAUUCCAGCAGAUCGCCAAGGAGUGUGGGGAGAAAGUUCUCGAGACUCAAGCGGGAAAUCGCAUUUCCCUCACCCUCACCUUGACCACAUUCACGCAGAACGAUCGUGCUACAGAAGUUGGGUAUCGGCUCUACCGGGCUGGCAUCACCGGAGCCAGGGUCGUUCCAAAAGGUGAAACAAAGACCAUUGAGGGGUACACCUUUGAAAAUUGGGGCGGACACACCUCAACAGCCUCAAAUGCUCCCUACAUAACCGCCGCAGCGGCCAUUGGAUGCGAACCCCAUGAGAUACAGAGACUCUUCCGGAAGCUCAAGUCGAUUCUUGUGGAAAUUCGCAAGGAAAUAUCCCUAAUUCCAUAAGAGAAGCAUUUUAUGUUACAUCGCCGCUCACUGAUCACCUCAAUUUAUACAAUUUUUAUCAAACCCCGAUGUUGGGAGUUUUGUCGAGAACAAUUUGGACCGCUCCCAUUUCCUGCUUUGGAGUUCACGGGCCGCAGAAGACAAAAGUCACAUGGAUGAGAUACUCUGCCCAGAGAUAUUGGGUUUCUCGCUCUCGCUUCUUCGGGGAAUAAAUGGAUUGAAAAUGAAAUAAAAAAAAACAACGUUGCAUAUUGAAA